CAAAGCGAAGCAAACCGUAUUUUUUCUAUACCGCCGACAGUCGGACGACGAUUCGAAUCGCAAAAAAAAGCAACCGGAAGGAAAUUAUCGUCUAAUAAGUUACCACAGAACGCAAAAAGGGAGAGGAGUAUACGUAUAUAUUUUAGCCCGAUUUACGCGCCCUGUGCAUGAGAUCGUUAAGCGAAUUAAGCCGAAAGAUACCCCGUGGCCCAAUAUCUCGGCCAGCCCAUCAAAUUGCGUGUUCCAAAUCAAAAUUGCAUAAUCUGCAAAAGCCGGCAACGAGUUUGGGUUUGAGUUUCGCUCGCUCGCCAAGAUCGCGAUUACAGCCGGUGGAUAUCUUUCGCGUAAUCGCAGUAGCUCCGUCGCUUCCUUUGACUUGGCCACGUUCUUAUGGCCGGAUCUUAUCGCUUGGUGGCCAUCUGCAGUUGCCGAUGCAGUUGGCAGUAGUUUCACUAGUUGCAGUAGUCCCAGUGAGUCGCGCGUGCGUUUGCCUUUUGGCCCGCCUCGUAAUUAAUUACAAACGCAGUCGCGCGCCCCCCUUUGCCGGCAAAAUGCUAAAGGGGAAACCCCAGCGAUCCUGCCUAUUUACGCGCCCAAAUCUUGAUUCCUUGGCGUAGCUAUUCUGCGCUUGCGUGCUCUGUCGUCGCCGGCUUGCCUCUGAAUCGACGACAUCUGAUUGCCUUUUUAUGGCUGCUUUUGCGCAAACUUCAAUCAACUUAAGAUACAAUCAAAGUAAAUUGGCUAAGACUGAUUCGAUAUUUUUAAAGAAAACAGUGAACAUAAUCAAUCAAACCGUAACAAAAACGUGAACAAAGUGCAAAAAAAUGUGUCAACUCAAUUUAAACUAACCGAAAAGUGAUCGCUUACCAAACAAAUGGAGUCUCGUUUAAUUUGUUCGUGUUUCAAUUUUUUGUUUCCAAAUUAUUUUGUUAUAUUUUCGAAUCGAUCAACGUGCAAAGCGCCCAACCACAAAAAUGUUGCUGACAAUGCGUCGUCAAAAUGAACUGAUUGUAGGAAGCCAACAGCAUCCAUCAGCAACUUCGGCGACAUCAUCAUCGGUUUCGAGUGGAGCAGCUCCACCUGAGAUACCUGCACAAAAUCUAAGUUUAGUGCCACCGACAACGGCAAAUACCACAUCGGCUGCCACAUCCCAGGAUUCGCUAAAUACACCCACAACUCCUCUUCUCGGACUUAGUCGGAAUCCUUUGCAAUUUGCACCACCACCUGCACCACCCAUUGCUGUGGCAAGUGCGACGGCUUCUGGGCCAGCUUUUGGCUAUUAUCAGAGUGGAGGUGCGGCACCACCGCCACCACCAACGCCACACCAUCCGUCGUCAACCAGCGAAGUUGCCGCACAACCGGCUUCCGUUGAGUUAGAUGAAUACGUAGACAUACUGCAGGUACAACAACUACUUUUGGACUCAUCAGCGGCAGCAGCGGCGGCCGCGAAUAAUCCCCCGACAACUGAACAAUCCGUUCAACAACCGCAGAAUCCAGCAAUACAGCAGCAGCAGCAACAACAGCAAAUUCUUGCGAAACCGCGACCGCGAAUUAAUCUGCAGAAAGCCACGGAAUAUGCCGCUCAAUUAGCUCAGGCCGAGUCCUCAUCAUCGCCCGGUUCGCGUCGAGUUCUGCUCGAUUACCCGAGUCCCUAUUUGUACGGCAAUCCCUAUCAUCACCAUACGCCGCCAAGUGAGGACCUAGUUGCCCUUUGGUUCGGCAGCAAUGGCACAGGUGAGUCAUCACCUCAAUGGGUCCCCUUACAUUUAAUUAUCAAGUGCCGCCGAUGAAGCAUAAUUAUAGAUAC